GUUGCCUUCGAUGGGGUUGUCGCCGUCGUUACUUUUUCGCGUCCUCCAGUCAAUGCCAUCAACACUGAGUGAGUUGUCGUGGUGGUCAGUUCAUUCUACAAUAUUUCGACAUAUCUGAGUAGAAUGUGGCAAGAAAUUCCGAAAAUAUUCGAUAAACUAAGCCUGGAUCCCGAAGUGAGGGUCGUGAUACUUGCCUCCUCGGAGCGUGCCUUUACGGGUGGACUGGAUUUAAAAGACGUUGUAUCGAAGUUCUUUGCAGAGGGUGCCAGUGAUGUUGCUCGGACGGCGCUUCGAUUCAAACCGAUGUUAUAUGAAUUUCAGAGGGCCAUAGAUGCUAUCGAAAACUGUCGUGUUCCAGUCAUAGCCGCCGUCCACGGCGUCGCCUUCGGGAUAGGCAUCGACAUAUUAAGUGCAUGUGAUGUUCGAUAUGCGUCAGAAAAUGCAACAUUCAGCAUCAAGGAAGUAGAUAUGGGUAUGGCGGACGUCGGCACCCUGGCGCGUUUCCCGAAGAUUGUAGGGAACGACAGUUCCACCCGUGAAGCAGCAAUCUCCGCUGGAAUAUUCGCGGCCAGCGAGGCUGAGCGGGUUGGUUUCGUUUCGAAGGUGGUGCCUGGUGGGAAGCAAGAAGUUUUUGAUGCCGCCUUGGCAACGGCGAGGGAAAUCGCGUCGAAAUCGCCGGUUGCAAUGGUAGGGACGAAACAUGUCCUCCUACAUUCUCGUGACCAUGCUGUUUCUGAGAAUCUUGACUAUGUUGCGGUGUGGAAUGCCGCGACACUCCGAACUGACGAUACCACUGAGGCCAUCAAAUCUUUCUUCCACAACCUCAGACCACGGUUUUCCCCUUUGACGAAUAAACUAUGAUUGUUCCAAGCUUUUGUAUAUUUAUGUCUUGUGUUGUGGGUCAUCACGAUUUGGCAUGUACUCGGCUUUGUAUCCGUACUCGAUGAGCGCGUCCAGAAAGGCAUGCAUCGCCUGGUGAUAUGGAAGAUGGUGGUGUUGUGAUCAGGGUGGAAUGAACACUGGCAGCGUGGAAGUUGUGUGUGGGAGACAUGGUUGGUGGGAAUCACUGCGUUUGCCGCGUCGUUGUCUUGGGCGAGACCCCUAGUAGGGUGCGUGCCGCCUCUCACCAGAGCCGGAUAAGUCCAUUAUCCGCUUGGACGGGACACUUGUACAUCUGUAUUUUGUCAUAUGAGUACAUCUAGUUAAACCACAUCGGAGUCAUC